AUGCCUGGUCGUUUCGAGGGAAAAGUUGCUAUUGUCACCGGCGCUGGUUCCGGCUAUGGACAAGGCAUUGCUACCAAGCUCAGUCAAGAUGGAGCAGCUGUAGUAAUUGUCGAUUUGUCUCAAGAAAACGGCACCAAAGCAGCUGCCGAGUUGACCAACGCCAUAUUCAUUCACGCCGAUAUCACGAAAGGGUCCUCAUGGGAAUCCGUCCGCGACACAACGGUUGCAAAAUUCGGCCACAUCGAUAUCGUCGUCAACAAUGCGGGCGUCUGCUACGACAAACAGGAUACAGAGACAGUGGCUGAGAGUACAUAUGACUUGAUGAUGGCCGUGAACUUGAAGCCGAUUUACCACUCCGCAACAGUUAUUGUCCCCCUUUUGCUCAAGCAGGACACGCCCGCGGUUUUUGUGAAUGUUGCAUCAACCAGCGCGAUGAGGCCAAGGCCGGGGACAACAUGGUAUAAUGCGUCCAAGGCAGCGGUCGUGGCGGCGACGAGCACAAUGGCGAUUGAGUAUGCGUCGAGGAAGAUCCGAUUUAAUACCGUCUGUCCUGUGGUUGGACGGACAUCAAUGACCGAUUCACUCCUAGCAGACGAAGGGAUUUGUAACACAUACGCCGCGAGUAUUCCCAUGGGACGAAUGUGCACUCCGAGAGAUGUUGCCAACGCAGUAGCAUAUUUGGCUAGUGAUGAUGCCGACUUCAUCACGGGCGUUCAUCUAUCGGUGGAUGGUGGAAGAUGCGUAUAA